AUGAUAUGCUCAUUUGUUCUUCUAAUAUUUGUUCUUUUUGAGACAAUAUUGGGUAAAGUAGUUAUUAAGAAGGAUCUACAACAAUUCCAAGAUGAUAAUGGCAUAAUACACUUAACUGAAGACAUCUAUAAGGCUGUCUCUUCGACACCUAGGAAUUUCUAUUCGAUUUUAUUUAUAACUUCAUCAACUGUCAAUACGCAGGGCAAAGUUUGUGAUUUAUGCCACCAAUUCACUCCUACGUGGAACAAAGUAGCGUGGACUUUCACACAUACGGUUCCCGAAAAGCUGCAGUUUAAAUUUGUGUUCUUUGAAGUGGAUGUAAGUGCUAAUCCUUCAUUGGUUAAGGACUUGUCGUUGACAACUAUGCCGCACUGCAUAGUCUAUCAACCAGGACGAGAACAGGACUUUGCGUGGAACACUAGCGGUUUCUACGAGUAUGCAUUGACACCAGAAACAGCUGUUGAUGUUGUCAAAUUUGCUAAUUUUAUUGCGAAAACAGUUUCUGUUUGGGUUAAGGUGAAAAUGGAUUUCCAAAACGAUGUAUUCCUUAGCUACUUUAUAGCUGUUCUUGUGGGUAUCUUAACAAUUAAGAAGGUAAUCUUACCAAGAGUGAAAAAUAAAGGUCGGUUUUUCUGUUGUAUGUUUUCAAUUCUAGCAAUGGUGCUAUCUAUUACUGGUUUCAAGUUUACGCAGAUGAAUGCGAUCCCUUUUAUAGCGAAAGAUGCAGAUGGAGGCAUUAUGUAUUUUGCCGGAUCAUCGGCUUGGCAGUUUGGGAUAGAGAUCUUCAGCGUUUCAUUAAUGUACCUUGGAAUGGGUUUAUGCGUUCUUAUCAUGAUCUUUGCUAUGGGACAGGAUCACAUAUCCCACAAGAUGAAGAUCAUAACGGCAUGUAUAAUGAACAUGGCGCUGUUCUGUCUGUUCGCUUACUUCUUGUCAUGUUAUAAACUUAAGGUUCACAAUUAUCCAUAUACUCUGUGA